CUUUUUCCUCCCGGGUCGAUUUCUGAUUGUCCGUGGGCCUGAAAACGGACCUCCGAGGCCGACACCGUGGAAGAGCCACGGGCGGACAAGAUCUGCUCGUCGCAGAAGCGGCCCGUGCCCGGGCUGAUGAAUUCACACCGUCGGAGGAGGGAGGCAUGCAGAGAUAGCGAGCAGGCCGCCCGCCCUCGCUCGGAGGCGCACCGCCGCGCGCGGCGGCGAACGAGGCGCCUGGCCAUCCGCACAGGCUCGCCCUACGCGGCCGAGGCAUUGCGCGAGGCCGCUGCCGCAGUGGGGCUCGAGGUGCACGCCUCGGCGCCGUGCGUAUGGGGCGACUUCUCCCUGCUCGACUGGGACGGGCUGCUGCAGGAUACCGGCGACGUUCCGAGCGGCUGUCGCUUCUCGUGUCUAUACUUGCGCGCAAGCCUGGUGCGGAAGGCGAUGCUGGCGCACUACCUGUCGAAGCGUGGUGCCGACGCGUCGUCGGUGUUGCCCGAGGGCUUUGUGGUGGACCUGGAGGACGAGAGCGACGUCGAGGACCUGCGGCGGAAGCUGGAGCGGUGGCCCCUGCCUCCAGCGGCGCCGGGGGCCGCCGGCCACCCGCUCUGGGUGGCGAAGGCGAGCACCGCCAACCGAGGCGGCUCGC